UACAGGGCUCCUCUCGCAGCUCCGACGGAUCGGUUUAUCCCAGCUGUUGGUGUUUAGCGUUGAUUAGCCCAGAUCAGUUUAGUCCGGCAUCGGUAUGUCGUCCAGUCCGCAGGUCCAGACUCAGAAACCAAACCAGGAUCAGACUCAGGAACCGAACCAAGAUCAGACCCAGGGGCCAAACCAAGAUCAGAACCAGGAUAAUGCGAAGGAGGAGGUGAAGGCGGAAGAGAAAGAAGAGAAAAAGGAGGAGAAACGGGAAAAGAAGGAGGACAAGAAAGAGGCGAAUGAGGCGAAAAGGGAGCAGAAGAAGGAGAAGCAGGAUUCCUGGAAGGAUUUCAUCUACAACCCGCGGACCGGGGAGUUUCUGGGCCGAACCGCUGGCAGCUGGGGUCUCAUCCUCCUCUUCUACCUCAUCUUUUAUGGUUUCCUGGGGAAUGUUUUCUCUUACCAUGUGGGUGAUGUUGCAGACACUCGAUUUAAAAUGUGUUCCCGACAUCAGGAUCGAGUGGCCAGUCCAGGUUUGGUGAUUCGUCCUCAUGCAGUUGAAAUUACCUUCAACCGCAGUGACCCAGAAAACUACAAACAUUACAUCCGACAGUUGCACGACCUCCUGCAAAGUUAUAAUGACAGUAUUCAGGAGCGUAAUGAGUUGUGUAUGGUGGGCGAAUACACUACGCAGGACAAUGAGCCGGUAAAGAAGGUUUGUCAGUUUAAACGAAGUACACUGCGUCAGUGUUCUGGUUUGCCUGACCCCAGCUUUGGGUUCAAGGAGGGGAAACCCUGCAUCAUAAUCAAGAUGAACCGGGUCAUCGGCCUGAAACCAGAAGGAGAUCCCUACAUCAACUGCACUGCCAAGAGAGCCACUUCCUUGCAGAUGCAGUACUUUCCGUCUGAGGGUCGUCUGGAUAAGAUGUUUUUUCCGUACUACGGGAAGAAGUCUCAUCCUGACUACGUGCAACCGCUUGUUGCAGUCAAGUUAUUGUUCACAAAAGAAGACUAUAACAUCGAGCAGACGGUGGAGUGUAAAGUUGAGGGUUCUAACCUCCGCAAUGAUGAUGAGCGAGACAAAUUUCUGGGUCGCGUCACUUUUCGGGUCAAAGUGUCAGAGUAACCAGACAUACCAAUUGCCAUGGACACCACAAACUGGGUUUACACUGGCAACUGGGCUCCAGUUCUGGAUACUUUUUUAACAUGGACCUGAUCUUAUCUCUGUCUGUUCAGACUCUAAAGAAGUGACCAAAUCUGGAGAAGUGGGAGAUUUCACUGGUUUUAGAUUUAGAUUUUACCGCCUAUAUCUUUCAGACCUCCUGGUUCAGACAUAGUUAACCCCAACAGAUGUUUUAUUUGGUCCAGAUCUGCAUUUUAUUAAAGAGAAAACCAGAGUAACUGACUGUAGUAGAGUCUGUUCUGACAGCUGGAGCAGAUCAGGUCUGCUGUGGGGCGCAUGUGAGCCAGCGGCACAAUGAUGUGUUGUUUUUAAAUUUAUGUAUGUUAGUGAUGUAAUAAAACAGUAAUAUUAUACCUGCCAUGUCUGACAGGGGAGUGCAACACACUGAAAUGUAGUUUACAUGUGGCCUGGUGGUGGGCAAUCAGAUUACCUACCAUCCAACCAGAUAAUGCAACAGGAACUGCCUUUGAAAUAUUCAUUGUACUGCAGUGAAGAACUGUGACUGUCAUUAAUUACAUCAAAUAAUGUUAGAUCCC